AGCUGUAACGCUGAGUGGGCAGUGACCGCGGCCAUAGAACAAGAGCGAUGCACAGAAAAUACAAAAUUCGCGAGAAAAUCAUCUUCUCGAUCAUUUUACUUCUAUUUUCAGGUUAAAGGUGUUUGCUUUUUCUUGCUAAACACCACUGAAAUGCUAUAUAAAUUAUAUUUAUCAGAAAGUGUUCCAAGUCCUAGUUCAAGCGUCAAUGUUACCAUGAAGAGAUUGAUUGAAUUGAGGACUCUGUUUUUAGCCCUUCCAGUGGAGAAAAUACCGCUAUUUCUACUAUACUAAGCCACCCGAACCAUGCAAAAGUAUAGCCACGCCUUUUGCAGAGCAAAGACAGUACAUCCGUAACUCUCAGGCCCCGGGAAUCGAACCCGCGACCAUCCCCUCUGACGUGCAGUGGUCUGCCAGUCCAGAGCUAAUCUUGUGGAUCUUUUUGUUUUUUUCAGGUUUAACGUUUCGUUAUGUUGAAGGGAGCAACAAUGGUAUGUAUUAAGUUCAGUAGUAUAGAACAUAUAGAUUUUUCACGGAAGUGCUCAUUCCAGACAUUUGAGAAGUAGAAAGUUUGAAACAAAGACCAGAAAUUGACUUGCUUUAUUAUUGCCGGCUUAUUUCAUGCUUCGCGCCACCAAAAAGUGGUUUAAUUUGAACUUAUGUUAAUCGAGGAUGAGCUGAUUUUAUAUAUUGCACUAAGUCAAAAUACAAUUCAUCACCUAUAGCUAGCAGCCUUUCAAACUUAUGAAUAAAGUUUUUCGAUGGCUAAACUAAAAACUGGUUAUAAAUCAAAAAUAUAUAUGUCAGCGGUGCUUUUAUGUCAUGAAGCUUUAGACUGCCCAGAAUGUAUUCAAAAUUGAACCCGCUUACAGACAUUAUUAUUAUUAAUCUCGCGGUCCACUGAUUUUCAAAAACAGUGGUCUUUUAGUUUAAGUUAGACUUACUUUAAAUGAUAUCAGCCCAAGAAGAAUCGAAUUUGCCUUAGACUGAGAAUUUUUACACGAAGGGAAAAUAAGGAAGCUCCUUAAUUCGCCACUUAAGAAACCAGAAUGGAACUGCCGGGACUGAGUUAAGUUUCGCAAAGACUUUUGGGACUGUUACUACGGACAGGGCAAACAAUUGGCCAAUAGCUGACUGCGCGUCCCUGGUAACGAUAUCAGAAACAAUUGCGAGACAAAUUUUGGCUCCAGUUCCCUUCUCGUUUCUAAAAUGGCAACAAAUCGUGUAAAGUCAAUUGGUCAUUUCGCAGUCGUUCGUUUGGUCAAUGGUGGAUCCAUCUCAGAAGGCCGAGUGGAAGUGUUUUACAAUGGAACCUGGGGAACAGUGUGUGAUGACAACUGGGACCUUAAUGACGCCACAGUAGUUUGUCGCCAACUUGGAUUUGGAAGAGCUAUAGUGGCAUUCAAGUGGGCUGCUUUUGGACCUGGAAAUGGAAAAAUAUGGAUGGACGACGUAACGUGUACUGGA